UGUGUAUUAUACAUUUGUUAGAAAAUAUUCAUCAAUCAAUUGAGUUUCUAUUUUACCGUAUACGCGUAUACCUAACAUAGUUUAACUCACUAUAAAUGUUUAAAUUAUAUAAAAUAUUAAAAUGCAUUUCAUGUUCGUUUUUUUAAAUGUACACUUUACAAUGACUGUUGUUUAUGGAGCUCAAAUAUUCGCUUUCGUGCCGAUAUACGGACAGAGUCAUUGGAACGUUAUGGAUGCUGUAUUACAAACUCUCGUGUCAGCUGGCCACAAUGUUACCGUUAUAACUCCUUUUAUAAAAAAAGAAAAAAUUGAAAACUAUACGCAGAUAGAUUCGUCUUCCUACAUGAUACGGUCGGCGUCGGCACCGUUCAAGUACGUAGUUGGAUCUGACGGUAUUCAAUAUUUAAUCCAAACACAUCUCACUUCAUGCGAAGCUAUUUAUAAGCGUAAAGACUUCUGGACCGUGCUCGAGUCCAAAAAAUAUGACCUUUUCGUCACACAGUUGUUGGGCUCGGGUUGUGAUUCGUACAUAGCCUACAAACUACAAGUGCCGAUGAUCGCCGUUACUUCAUCUUCCAUGCAGACGUGGUUGAACGGCGAAUUUGGCAAUCCUUUGAUUACUUCGUACACGUCCACAUUAAACGUAGCGAUAGCGAGUCCUAAAACAUUUUGGGAUCGUUUUUUAAACACUUACGAUUACGUACAUUCGAUUAGUCAAAGUUGGUGGUACAAUCGCAAUGCAACGGUAAUUGGGAGAACUUAUUUCGGCAAAGACGUGCCGGAUUCUUACGAGCUAAUGAAAAAAAUAUCAUUAAUAUUCGUCAACAGCCAUUUCUCUUUCAACCUACCCAGACCUUGGAUGCCAAAUCUUAUAGAAAUCGGAGGUAUUCACGUAAAUGAUCCUAAACCAUUGCCAAAAGAUAUACAACAAUUUAUUGACGACGCUCCAGAAGGGGUAAUAUAUUUCUCAUUUGGUUCCACUGUAAAAAUGGAUUCACUUCCUGCGAAAAUGCAAAUUUCGUUACAAGAGGCAUUUUCUGAACUACCACAACGGAUACUGUGGAAGUAUGAUGGUGAAGUAAUGGAAAACCAACCAAACAAUGUUAUGAUCAAGAAAUGGUUUCCCCAAAGAGACAUAAUGGCACAUUCAAAAUUAAAACUAUUUAUUUACCAUGGUGGGUUGUCUGGUAUAAAUGAAGCCAUAAUCAAUCAAGUACCUAUACUUGGCAUACCAUUAUUUAGCGACCAACAUAGAAACAUAGCGAACGCAGUAUCCUUGGGAAUGGGUUUAAGUCUAGACUAUAAAACAAUCGAUAAAAAAUCAGUUCUAGCUGCUACUAAAGAAAUAAUCAAUAACAAAAAGUACAAACAAAAUGUUCAAGAGUUGUAUCAGUUGUUUAAAGAUCGACCAAUGUCUCCAAAAGCGCUGGUUGCAUAUUGGACCGAGUAUGUAAUUAAAAAUAAUGGAACUGAACACAUGAAUUCUGCAUCAAACGAUAUGAUUUGGUAUCAGUAUCAUCCGUUAGAUGUUAUAUUGGUCAUAAUAUUAGUUUUAAUAAGUUUAUUAGCCAUUGUAUUGUAUAUUUCAAUAAUAAUUACAUGUUAUAUAGUUAAAUGUGUUCAUUUGAAACAAAUUAAAACUGAAAUGAAGUACGUCGGGCUGCUCCUGUUGGCCGUCCUGGGCGCGCUGUCCGCCACUGACGGCGCCAACAUCCUAGGCGUGUUCCCCAUCAACGGCCGCAGCCACUGGGUGGUGUACGAGAGCCUGAUGAAGGCCCUGGCGGCGCGUGGCCACAACGUGACGGUGAUCACGGCGUUCCCGCAGAAAUCGCCGCUGGCCAACUACACGGACGUCGACGUGUCUGGGACGUUGCCGUCCGCGGUGAACACGGUCGGCAUCGAAAUGGUGCUUAAAUACCUGGCCAGUGUGUUCGCUAACCAAUGGUUCAUCGCUGACCAUCAAAUGAAUAUCUGUCGGAAGACCCAGAAGCUGCCCGAGGUGCAAGCGCUACUCCAAAGCGGCAUCAAGUUCGAUGCGGUUUUCACAGAAAUAUUUGGAGCUGAUUGUGAUGUUGGAUAUGCUUACCAUUUCAAGGCACCCCUAUUGUCCGUUAUGUCCAGCUCACAUCUGCCUUGGAGCUACGACCGUGUGGGUGGCCCAGACAACCCGUCGUACAUACCAACGAUCGUAACAAGAGCCGCUGGAAAGAUGAACUUUAAAGAACGUAUGAUCAACACUUUGUACUAUAUAUACUUUAAAAUAGCGUGGAAGUAUUACAGUGAGUGGCCAGCAAAUGAACUGUUGAAAGAGAACUUUGGACCGGACACACCUCACAUCAACGAAAUAGUUUACAACACUUCCAUGGUGUUUGUCAACGGCCACUUUUCCUUGGACGGACCACGGCCUCUAGUUCCCAACAUGGUGGAAAUUGGUGGCAUACAUGUUAAACCCCCCAGACCCAUACCCAAGGACAUAUUGAAGUUCAUCGAAGACUCACCGAAUGGAGUUAUGUUUUUCACGUUUGGGUCUCUUAUUCGUAUAUCUACACUACCACCAAAUGUAUUGCAAAUGUUUAAGGAUGUAUUCGCAAAAUUACCUAUCAGAGUCUUGUGGAAAUACGAAGAAGAAAUGCCAGACAAACCUGAUAACGUUUACAUAAGCAAAUGGAUGCCUCAAAGAGACAUUUUGAGUCAUCCAAAAGUACGACUGUUUAUGACCCACGGUGGAUUGUUAGGGAUCAUAGAAGCUGUACAUUCGGCGGUACCUGUCGUAGGCAUUCCAUUUUUCUUCGAUCAACCUAGAAAUAUAUUAAAACUGGUACAACAAGGUUCAGGUAUUAUAUUGGACUAUGAAUCUAUGACGAAUGAUAUUCUAUACAACGCUAUUACGACAAUAGUUAACAAUAACAGUUACGCAAUAAAUGCGAACAAACUAGCAAAACGGUUCAAAGACAGACCAUUGAACGCAACCGAAACGGCCGUCUACUGGACAGAGUACGUAAUAAGACACAAAGGGGCGAAACAUUUGAGAACCGCGGCCGUUGGAAUGCCUUGGUGGAAGUAUUACUUAGUAGAUGUCAUCGGUUUCAUCUUGCUCAUCAUUUUUGUUGUAUUGUAUCUAAUUUACUUUGUGCUCAAAGCUAUCUACAAGAAAUUAUUCAAGAAGACCGUGGUACCCAAAAAGAAAGAAAAGAAAAAUUGAUACAUUCAAUUCGUCUAAAUUGUACCUGAAUAAAAUACAAAUGGUACAAAAUUGUUUAACCCUAUUUAUUCUUGUGAUACGUUUUUCUUCAACGGUGUGAGUUGAAAUAGUUUCUAUCAAUAUUCUAUAAGUACUUGGUGUCUAGACCAUACUCAUAUCAAGGAUACAUGAAUAUUGUUUUACCAAAUCCGUUAAAUUUAAAUUGUAUACUAUUUAUUAAGUUUUAACUAUAUUCUAUAAUAAAAUUAUGUACUAUCUUUUGAAUAAUUUUCAUUAAUACCGAUAAAUACUUACUACUGUAGUAGGUACCUACUGUGAACAAAUUGCAUAUUAUGCUUACCUAUCUCAUAUCUGAAUGUUUUAAUCUUGUACACAAUUUUUCGAAUAAAAUUAUCUAUAAAAAAAAAUAA